UUCGGCCUCGACUAUUCCAUCUCUCUAUUUUCGGCCCCCAAAAAUCGAUUGAAACAAAUUAUCUAUAAAAAAUAUAUCCACCGAUCAAAAUCAAUACCAAGUUUGAUCAAUAACCGCAUUCUGCAGUGAACUCAAAUAAUAAAUUCAACUUCAACCGCUGCAAUUGUGUGUUUGAUACUGUCGAGUGUAAAUACUCGAGUGCUUGGAGUCACUCCCCUGGAAUUCCAGCAAUUUCCUUCCCUUCCCCAUUAAAGUACUCGUUAAAUUCAAUGAAUUAAUCUUCAAGCAUCGGAUAAUGAGGCGCGUUAUCAGUGAUGUGUGAUUAUUGUUAAGUUUCUGGAAUUUCUGGCAUUCUUUUCACUACCUAACGCACUACACACGCGCAUUGUUUCAUUGCUGUCUUCGAUCCCUCCAUGAAUCCUUCGUGAAUCCCUGAUGAUCACAAUAAACCCCCAAUUUUAACCUCAACAAUGCUGACAAGCUCGUUUGGAUUAUUCGGUAGAGAUUGAAAACAAUAAUCGACAGGAUGUACGCGCUUCCAAUUCGUUCAGCAUGUCCUGGGGAGGACAGUCAAGACGAGCAGGAGACUCGUCGGCGCCAGGAGCCACCGAGAUCGACUCAGGACUGCAGUAGUUUCGACAUUGUCAGAGCCACCCAGUAUGGAGCCCUCGAACGAGUAACAGAACUAGUCGAUGCUGGUGCUGAUGUCAAUCAGCCAGACGCUGAGACAGUGACGUUGCUCCACUGGGCAGCCAUAAACAACAGAAAAGAAAUAGUCAAGUAUUUGAUAGCCAAGGGGGCCAAUGUCGAUGCUGUGGGUGGAGAACUGGCCUCGACACCUCUGCACUGGGCCACGAGGCAGGGACAUCUCGAGACGUUCGCUAUUCUCAUGAGGGCUGGAGCGGAUCCCACCCUCAGAGACUGCGAGGGCUUUGCGUGCAUCCACUUGGCAGCUCAGUUUGGACACACUGGAAUUGUCGCUUAUUUAGUUGCCAAAGGGGUUAAUCCUAAUACGCCUGAUCGCAGUGCUAUGACACCGUUGAUGUGGAGUGCUUACAAAGUCAACAGCCAAUUCACUCCCUUUUUCAGUCUGGAUCCAACGAGACUGCUUCUUAUGCUUGGCGCCAGUCACGCAUUGACUGAUAAUCUCCAUGGAAAUACAGCACUGCAUUGGGCCAUUGUCGCCAAGAAUAAUACUGCAAUUUCUACCCUCGUUCGUCAGGGGGCUGCACUCGAUGUACCUAAUUUUCAGAAUGAAACACCGAUGACACUGUUGGGACCCCAUAUCGGAGCUGCUUGGCUUGGCCCUGGUAUCAGCACGGAAAUUGUCGAGAAACAGGGGAGAACUAGAGCCUGGUGUCGAGACAAGAGAUUAAGAUGGUACUGCAUGGUCAGUGCUCCAUUCAUAGUGUUUUAUCUAAUCGGAAUGAUAUUUCAAUUAAACGUUGAUUAUCUCGUUAAACUCGGUGCCUUUAUGUUGCUCUACAUCGGUGCAUACACUGCUAAAACAUUUCUGUUCGACGAGAGGCUCUACAAUGUUCUGCCAAUGGCAACAUAUUUAGCAACGAAGAUGUGGAUUUACGUCACUUGGAUAUUCUGGCUGGGUGUUCAUGCCUCUUGGUACCUAUGGCUGCUGCUAGUCGGUGGCUCAGUUCCACUGUGGAUAUGCUUUCUUCGUUCUUGGAGGGGAGAUCCUGGGGUCAUUGCAGCUACGCAUGAGGACAAAUUGAGUACUAUCGUUGAGCUGGCAGAAACCGGGGGCUUCGAGCCGCAGUGGUUCUGCACCACUUGUCUAGUCAGAAGGCCACUGAGGUCAAAACACUGUUCCACUUGUGAUCGCUGUGUCGCUAGAUUCGAUCAUCAUUGUCCUUGGAUCAGCAACUGCAUUGGGGCACAUAAUCACAAAUACUUCCUUGGCUUCCUUAUAUCACUACUUGGUCUGUGCAUCGUCAUAUUAUCCGCCAGCGUGCAAUAUUGGCAGUUUGAGUGCUGGUCGAACUUGACGAAUGGCCAUCGAGUCGAUAAUUACUUCAUAGCUGCUGCAACAUGUGACGCAUGGGUCAUGUGGAUAGCAGCCAAUACUGGGCUUCAUGCACUCUGGGUUUCCGUUCUGUUAGGCUGUCAACUCUAUCAGAUUAUGGUCUUGGGAAUGACAACAAAUGAGAGAAUGAAUGCCGGUCGUUACGAGCACUUUAAACAAGGAAAUCCAUUUCAUCGUGGAGCACUACAAAAUAUCGCAGACUUUUGUAAUUUUAGUUUCUGCGGUAUAAAGGCCAAACCAAGCUCCGACUGGCUCCACAGUUUUGAUACUAAACAUUGUGUGGAAAAAUUACCACUGCUUACAGGCAAGGACAACUAUCAGUACGUCUAAUUACAUUUUAAAAUAAUCAAUAAGUUGUUGAAAAUAUCGUAUGUACCUAAAUCUCUGACAACACAGCGAAUCAGGAUACAUUGUUGCACACUGAGAGCCAUAUCACUUGUCACAACGUCGUAUUACUUUUUUCAAGUAUCUCUCGUAUUAAUCUUAUUUACCAAAGAAGUGGGCUUGGUCAUUUCUGUGUGGAUUUGUCAUUUGUGAAUAAACAUAUUUUUUAAGAACACUUAUGUGACGUUCGGAAUCAAGGGGAGUGGGAGCAUUUCUGAGAUUGAACACAUGAAAAGAUCAUAUCAGUAGCGAAGUGGUAAAACUGUUUAGUCGACUUAUCUUCCAGUUGAGUUUUUGAUAAAUAUUUCCGAA